GUCACUCUCCCAGAAUGCAUGGCUUCCAGCGCGGCGCCCAGCAGUCCAGGCCCGGACUGUAAUAAACAUCUUUAAAACUUCUUCUAAAAUGUCGAUGUGGGUACAGAAUGGAGGCUGGGUGGACAGCUGGUCUGAGGCACAAUCGGUCUAUAAUGAUGCUAAGCUGCCUCUGUGAUUCAGCUGCUGGGGUGAUAGGGACUGCUGAAUACUAAAACGGACUACAGGCCAGUACAAGAGCUUCUCUCAGGAAACACAGACCCACUCAGAGCUUCCAAAGCUCCUCAUCCCAGCAGCCCUUUUGGGGUUGCUAUGGCAGCUGCUGUCACAGAAACCAAGUGCUGGACACAGGCUUGCCCCUGUAAGGCGGGACAGACCACUAGUCAUUGCCACAAGGGACCAUCACACAGUCAACACACAGCACUUAGCAUUAACUUGAGCACUCGAAAUUCACAAAACAAGAGAUCUGUAGGCUGAUGGUCGGCUCUCUGGGGAAUCCUCAUGAGUGUUGUCUAUGUUUGCUCAGGCUCUUGGCCAGAGUCCCUGUGCACCAGCAGAGUCUGUACAGUUACUUCUGUUAGACCAUGUUCCAUCAACAGGACCAUCUAAAGAGCCAGCUUCAAGAGAGCCACGCAGCCAGCAGGCAGCUCUUCCACUGUCAGGAGUGUGGCAAGCAGUACAACACACAGCUUGGAUAUAGACGACAUCUGGUGGCGGCACACAGCGCUGCAGCGGGUCUGCCCUGUCCUGAGGGUGCACCAUCCCUGUUGGAGCACCUGGGUAGCCAUACUGACAGGCCUCCACCUUCAGAGGGAAACACUAACGCUGCUGUGCCAGUGAGAGAGAGAAAGUACUCAUGUGAGAGGUGUGAUCGGCGCUUUUACACUCGCAAAGAUGUCCGCCGUCAUGCUGUGGUGCACACUGGCCGCCGUGAUUUUUUGUGUCCCCGCUGUGCGCAGCGCUUUGGCCGUCGAGACCACCUGACCCGCCACUUGAAGAAGAGUCAUGCACAGGAAUCAGGUUUGAUGCCUCCUGGCACACCCAGCACUCCUGUGGCAACACCGACCCCUGCCACCCAGUGCUCAGUGAAAGAGGAGCCCAGCCCUGUGACCUCUGACCUGGGCCCCAUCUCCAAGGAGCCCAUUGAGACCUUCUCCAGGGACAUGUACAACUCGUACUCCAUGGCUAGUCCUGUCCCAGGCAUGGGCCAUCCUCAUAGCCUGAUGCAGAGCUCCUUGCCCUCAGGCAUGGGUGUGGGUCGCCACAUGCCCCCCCAGUCCUCUCACCCCCAUCACCUGCAGCCCCCAGCGGCACCGCAGCAGCAGCCUUACAGCAACAUGGGCCGGUACCAGCAUGUAUCUACCUCAUAUCCUCGCACUGACGUGGACAGUUUCCUGCUGGACCUACAGAGUGUCCCACCACCCCACUUGGGUGCAGUCAACUCCUCUACCUCUACUUCUGCCUCCCCUCAGCGGGAGGUGCUUGGUGAAGGGGUGGGUGCAAGUGGUGACCCUCACCUGCUAUCAAGGAGCCCCGCUAUCUCCUCAACCGAGCUGUCCUGCUCCACUAACAUGGACCUCGGGCCUCUGCUGGGCUUCUUGCCUUUUGGUCUGCCACCAUACAGCACCCAUAUGGGGAUGGGGGGGUUAGUUAUGAACUAUCCACCUGCAACCAGCUCCACCUCCUCUCAGUCCUCUUCUACUGGGCUGUCCUCACAGGCUCCAGGGCCCUUCUCCUUCCUCCAGCCUCCCCAGGCUCAUGUACCCCAGGGUGCUGGAGCCCACAACCACAGCCAGCUACCUCAGGCCUACAGCAGUCCUACUAUGAGCACUUCAAGCUCCCUACCUCACUACUACCAGGCCUUUCAGCAGUAAGCAGCUCUGGCCCCACACUCUUUUGUGAAAACGCAAAAAUGAGAGAAACACAACUUUUACUUUAAAAAGAAACUUUAGUCAGUGCUAAUAAUGUUAACCUCAGUUGUCUUUUGUUGAACACAACAAAUCACCUCAUCAGUAUUACCUCAUUAUUUAAAAAAUAAUGCUUGAACGUUUGAGGGGAAAUGUAGAUGAUCUCACUACAACCAAAUGGAGAAUGACUUUGAUAAGUCAAAUCUGUUACCAACAGUGAAUGCACUUAACACACUUGUCACAUGUGCAGCACACUAGUAUAUCCGGUAUCCAGCACAUUAUUAUUAUUAAAAAAAUUAUCAUCAUUGUCCCUGCAUGUGUGGAAACCCUUUAAACCCAUAAUAAGAGUCAGUAAGUGCAUUUGGUUAUAGUUGAUAUGAAACCUGCUUGCAAUUCUGACAUUUUAAUAACAAAAUGAACCCCUAUGUGCAACUCGGUUAGUUACUAACAAUAGACAAGUCAAAAAUGUCCCACACUGGCAGGUGAAAUGAAUUACAAAACUAUUUGACACAUGUCAGAGUGUGAUUUAAAGUAACAUUCCUUCUGGAAAAAAAUGUUACAUACAGCUCCUCUGAUAUCUGUUAAAAUGCAGUUGUGAAGUCACAACAGACUGACUAAGUUAAUCGUCACAAAGCUAGUUUCUUUGCUGUGUUUUACAGCAUUUCUGGAGUAAAUGCACUUAAAUUCCAUUUUCAGCAUCUUAGACCUUUAAAGGGCUCUUAGAUUCAAAAGCUGCUCCGCCACUACUGUCUGUUAGUCCCAACUUAAUGGGUCACACAGACAUGAGUAAAAGAGUAUUUUCAUCUCUGCCUUUAUAGUUGGGAGAAUGCCAUUAUGAGUUUAUUAAGAAAAAAAAUCAAGAAUAUGUAGGUACAGCACCAAUGGAUCACAGAUCCAGCUGCAGCAGGCACCCAAUGAGCCAGCCUUGAUGUGAAGGUCAAAGUUUCUGGACAGUCGUUGUCACUCUGUGCCAGGUCACUAUCGUCGGGGUUGCUGGGAGUACAUUAACUACACAUCCAUUUAACGUCACACAUUAAAUGAACACUUGGAAAUCAACUAGCAAGCUGGGGUUCAUUUGCCAGCUCAUCUACUGGCAGUUUUAAACAAGUCAGUCAUUUAUUCUGGGUGGGUUCACCUACCUUUUAAAUAUCUGGAUAUAGACUCUAAUCUUUGUUGUAAAAAUGGUGUUAGUAUUAAUGAGGUGGUAACCCUGGCUGUGUGACAUGCCCUGGGACACUGGGGGACAGUACUGUGUUUCAUUUUCUAUUUUGUUAUUUUUAGUUUGGACCACUGGGUCUGGGCAGGUGGAACGGUGGCCUCCUUGCUGUAAAUUUCUGACUAGUUUGAAUAGGAAGCAGCUAAAUUCUUCAAAGGCCUUUCCAGAGCACUAUGUACCCAUUUCCUACUUGUAUUGAUGUUCCUGUUAGUAUUGACGCCCAUUCCUCCUCGGCUGUGGUGCUGGAUCUAGUGUGAAAGGUUUCUGACAGAAUCAGGACUAGAGGCAUGCCCCUCCUCCGCCCUGGUCCUUUUGCUGCAGAGGCUCAGCAAAGACAGAGACAGGAAGCUGCUUUUUCCAAGCCCCCCCCACCCCCACCCCCAGAGUUCAACAAAUGGAUCCUGAGCAGCAGCCUUCAGUAACAGAUGCUCCUCAUGAAAUUGGGCAUGUAUUGUGGAGAUGUCUUCCCUCUCCACCACCACCAUUGCAAGUGAUUGAUGUGAUAUUAAAAAGAAGAGGUUUACAGAGAUAGCCCCAUCUCUCCCCUCUGCCUUAAUUUCUUCACCCAUUGCUGAAGGACUUCACUCACUAGCAUUGUCACAAUCUUCAAAGUGUUAGUCUGAUGUCUUAAAUUUCUACUGUUGUGCCUCUUAAGAGUGUCUAAUCUCUUGACUGGGUUUAAGCACUUAACGACGUGUUUUAAAAAACAAAAAAGGAUAAUUUUGAGCUGUACCUCAAACAUGCAGAGUUGGGUUUAUGUUUUUAAUUGUAUUUGCUUCUAGUUAUUUUGGCUGUUACUUGUGCCAUUUAGAUUAAAACUAUAAAGGUAGGUUUUAUAAAUCUAAACUCUUUAUCUAGCAGCAGACAUUGACAUUAUAAUUCAGUCAAACUUUCUACCUCUACCAUGUCAUAUUAUUUUCCAUCAAAAAUCAUUAGAAGUUCUAACCUGUAACAGUUGAUCAGUUUUUAUCACUGUAGAAGUUGGAGAUGUUUAUAACUCAACUUUGAAGUACACACACUUUUUCUAUCCUUGCCUUUGAUAUUUCUACUUAUUUACUACCUCAGAAGAGACAGGUUACUGUCCGUCUAACUUCAGAGAAAAUGUCUGUAGAGUUUUAUUUUUGUCAAAACAAGCACAUAUACUUGUAGUCAUUACUGAGGUUAGCUCACAGGAAAAUGAUGUCUAGCACAUUUACCAUAUUGACUAUAUACAUUUUUUUCUGUAACCUUGUAUCUGCCUCUUCAGUCUGGAAUGUUCUAUUUAUGUUGAACAGUUGGCAUCAUGUAGGAAAAGUACCAACAACUCUGUGGUUGUCGAUAUUUUAAAACUGUUCUCUGAUUGAUGCAAAUUUAUCCUAAACAUGUUCAACACCUGCUGGCUCCGCUGUGAUGAUCUGCUCCCUCUUUAAAUGUCGCUGAGUUCAGUGAAAGUGAACAAGUAGUUUAAAGACUGUGGACAUUUAUGGACCCUGUGAUAAUUGGCUCUUUUCAACCAUGCAGUACUUGUUUGACUCGAGUGACCUGUGAUUUUCCCAACAGGGAAAAGUCAUAAUUUGUACCUGGUCUUAUUUUCUUUUAGUUAUUUGAAAUUCUUUUUUUUUUUUUUUUUUUUUUUUUUUUUUUUUUUUAGUGUUCCAAUCAAGCUGCGUUCAUGGCACUUUCAGACCCUAGCAGCUUGUGGAAAAACCUCCUUACUCAGCAGAGCAUUGGACAAGAGCUCUGCCUUUUGUGUGGCUUUGUUAGAAAUAGUGGUACAAUGAGGGAAGAGUGCACUCGUACACAGAUUUUUAACUUUCAAACUGGGAGUUGCAAAUCACCCCAACAGUCUGAGCCAUUUGUGUUAUAGAUGUUUACAUUUGUGACUGCAAAUAACUUGUUGGUGCAAACGCUGAGCUACUGUGAUGUUAAUGUACAGCUGACUUGGAGACAAUAGACAGCUGUUCACAUGGUGUUUGUCAUCAAUGGUCAUGGUUUGUUAUAACUGUAACCAUCAUAUCGUACUUUUAACCAAGCUCUACACAUCAGACAGGAAACGUUUGACCAUAUCGUUUGAUGUGAUGAAUUGUAAGGGCAGUGAUGUUCUGCAUACAUCAGCCCACAUGGAAUCCAGACUGCUUUUGGAAGGUACUGACUAAUGACCAGUUAUUUAGGUCAGAUGUUGAAAAUGAACAUGGUGAAUAUACUUAGAUAUAUUUGUUUUUAACCAAAUUGUUACAAACCUGGGGUCAGUGGGUGCCCACAGAUCAUUUUUACCCAGUAGCAGAACAUCCUAGAAGCCCAGUCAGGUCAUGGUCUUAAUGUGCGAGACUCGCGCACCUCAAGUCAUGUCACAAAAUGUUCUGCUUUAUGCGUUUGCUGUUAUCAUUUUCUGACAUAUUUGGGGAUGUGGAUAAUUAGUCUGCACAACACCAUCCUCAGGUCAAAGCAUUCCAGACUGAACACAGAAACAGUGCUGGGCAGAAGACAAACAGGAGACCAGUCUUUAUUUGAAGUACUAUGGUGUCACCUGUAUGUGGGUUGGCUCGGAGAACGGCUACAGCGCAGGUUUCACCACCCUUGACAUAGAUAGAUUUUGCAGUAGGUGUUUGUAUUAUCAUUGAAUAGACUAGAAGACUGGGAAAGAAAAGAUAUUUUCUAAUUUGUCUGAACGUAAAGUAAUACAAAAUAAAUCUUUAGAUUUCCA